AUGUCUCUCGCACGCUUUGGAGGUCUUCUCGCGCGCGCGAGGUGCUCACCGCGGCCGCAGUGGCACGCAGCACGUGCCCUCUCCAGCUCCGCACUCCGCACCGCCAAAGCCGACAAUGAGCUCAAUUCAGUCAGCAAGCACAUUACCCAGCCCAAGUCGCAGGGCGCCUCGCAGGCCAUGCUGUACGCCACGGGCAUGAGCGAGGAGGACAUGAACAAGGCCCAGGUCGGUAUCUCAUCUGUGUGGUACUCGGGCAAUCCUUGCAACAUGCACCUGAUGGACCUGAACAACAAGGUCAAGGAGGGCGUAGAGCGUGCGGGGCUGUUGGGCAUGCAGUUCAACACCAUUGGAGUCAGUGAUGGCAUUUCCAUGGGCACAAAAGGCAUGCGCUACUCGCUGCAGUCGCGUGAGAUUAUUGCAGACUCUAUCGAGACAGUCAUGGGCGGUCAGUGGUACGAUGCAAACAUCUCCAUUCCCGGCUGCGACAAGAACAUGCCGGGUGUCAUCAUGGCCAUGGGUCGUGUCAACAGGCCUUCGCUCAUGGUCUAUGGCGGAACGAUCCAGCCCGGUUGCGCAAAGACACUCGAAAACCAACAAAUUGAUAUCGUCUCCGCUUUCCAGGCGUACGGUCAAUUCAUCACCGGCGAGAUCACCGAGGACCAGCGCUUUGACAUUAUCAGGCAUGCGUGCAAUGGGCAGGGUGCGUGCGGAGGCAUGUACACGGCAAACACAAUGGCUACUGCAAUUGAGACCAUGGGCAUGUCGCUGCCCGGCUCCUCGUCCAACCCCGCCAACUCCAAGGCUAAGAUGCUCGAGUGUCUAGCGGCAGGUGGCGCCAUUAAGAAUCUUCUUAAGGAAGACAUCCGACCGAGCGACAUCAUCACCCGCCAGGCGCUGGAGAACGCCAUGGUUGUCAUCAGCAUCACUGGUGGCUCAACCAACGCUGUUCUUCACUUGAUCGCCAUUGCCGAUUCGGUUGGCCUCAAGCUCACCAUUGACGACUUCCAGAGCGUCAGCGACCGCAUUCCAUUGUUGGCCGAUUUGAAGCCUUCUGGCAAGUACGUCAUGGCCGACAUUCACGAUAUUGGUGGCACGCCAGCACUUCUCAAGUUUCUGUUGAAGGAGGGCCUUCUUGACGGUAACCAGAUGACGGUCACUGGCAAGAAGUUGAAGGAGAACCUUGAGACUGUCAAGGACUUCCCUGCUGAGCAGAAGAUCAUCAGGCCACUUAGCGAGCCCUUGAAGUCGACUGGUCACCUGCAGAUUCUGAGGGGUACCCUUGCUCCUGGUGGUUGUGUAGGCAAAAUCACUGGUAAGGAGGGCACCCAGUUCACUGGAAAGGCAAAAUGCUACGAUGCCGAAGACGACUUCAUCACCGCUCUUGAGCGCGGAGAAAUCAAAAAGGGCGAGAAGACUGUUGUUGUGAUCCGCUAUGAAGGACCCAAGGGCGGCCCUGGUAUGCCAGAGAUGUUGAAACCCAGCUCUGCCAUCAUGGGUGCUGGGCUUGGAAAGGAUGUUGCACUCAUCACAGAUGGUCGCUUCAGCGGUGGCAGUCACGGCUUCUUGAUUGGCCAUAUUGUGCCCGAGGCGCAAGAGGGAGGUCCUAUUGGCCUUGUGCAGGAUGGUGACGAAAUCACGAUUGAUUCUGAAUCGAAUGAGCUGAAUAUUUCAGUCAGCGAAGAGGAGCUGGCGGAGAGGAGGAAGAAGUGGACCGCGCCUGCGCUCAAGUACCAGAAGGGUACGCUCUUCAAGUACGCGCGUUUUGUAAAGGAUGCCAGUCAGGGCUGCGUGACUGACUCGGAAUGA